CAGAGGUAUAUUUCAUUUCUGUCUUCUUCGACAGAAAGGAAAGGACAGAAGAGUUCCGAUAUUAGCCCGUAUGAUAUGGUCACCUCCAAGUAUUCGGCGCAAUUAAGAGACCAUUCAUUUGAGCAGACAAGUCGAAAUUCGGCUCAAGGUCCGCACGAGAAGCGUCUACUCAACGACCUGUUGUCGAGCUACAAUGUUCUGGAACGUCCCGUCGCAAACGAAUCAGAACCUCUCCUCAUCAGUUUCGGGCUUACAUUGCAACAAAUCAUCGACGUGGAAGAAAAGAAUCAAAUUAUUACGACAAACGUUUGGCUAAAUCUGGAGUGGGUUGAUGUUAACCUGCGUUGGAACGCCAGUGAAUACGGAGGUGUUAAAGAUUUAAGAAUACCUCCUUGGAGAAUAUGGAAACCAGACGUCCUCAUGUACAAUAGUGCCGAUGAGAAAUUUGACGGCACUUAUCACACAAAUGUCGUGGUUCGUAACAAUGGCAGCUGUACCUACAUUCCUCCGGGUAUCUUCAAAAGUACCUGCAAGAUAGAUAUAACGUGGUUUCCCUUCGAUGACCAACGGUGUGAAAUGAAAUUCGGCUCGUGGACGUAUGACGGAUACCAGUUGGACCUCAGACUGUCUUCAGAGGAUGGCGGAGAUUUGUCCACAUAUAUUACAAACGGAGAAUGGGACCUCAUUGCACUGCCAGGUACGCGUAAUGUGAUAGUGUACGCGUGCUGCCCUGAGCCUUACGUGGACGUCACUUUCUACAUCCACAUCCGGCGGCGGACCCUCUACUAUGGCUUCAAUCUCAUCAUCCCCUGCGUCCUCAUCUCAUCCAUGGCACUGCUGGGUUUUGCUCUGCCCCCGGACUCGGGCGAGAAACUCACGCUUGGUGUCACCAUCCUGCUAUCCUUGACUGUGUUCAUGCUGCAGUUGGCCGAGGCUAUGCCACCAACCUCCGACGCCGUCUCUAUUAUAGGCACCUAUUUUGCUUGCAUCAUGAUAAUGGUCGCCUUCUCCGUGGUCAUGACCGUGGUGGUGCUCAACUAUCAUCAUCGGAGUUCGGACACACAUGAAAUGCCCAACUGUAUCCGUUCCAUCUUCCUGGGCUGGUUGCCGCGCCUCCUGCUCAUGAAGCGUCCCAAAUCCAAGCUCCAGCGAAAAGGGCUGCUCGUCAAUUCUAAGAAAGAGUUCGAACUGAAGGAGCGCUCUUCCAAGAGCCUGUUGGCUAACGUCCUGGACAUCGAUGAGGCCGGCGGGAUCCGGCAGACCGACGCCGGGACGUCCAAUUUCGCGCCCACCGACGAGCCUCCAGCCACCGUCCGAGGGUGCUUUGCCACUCAGCGUGAACUGAGUGCCAUCCUGAAGGAACUGCGCUACAUCACCAGCCGGAUGAAGCGCGAAGACAAGGUGAACGACAUCAUCGCCGAAUGGAAGUACGCGGCCAUGGUGGUGGACAGGAUGUGCCUCAUUCUUUUCACUGCCUUCACGGUGCUAUCCACCUGCAUUUGCCUCUUCUCUGCGCCCCACCUCAUCGCCUGACCUUUCCUGUACACACUGGACUUCAUGGGCAUAAUGUGCCCUUUCGAUGGGUUUUGAUGUCUCACGAACACACAUACACACACACAAAUCAACACGAGUUUUUAUAUUUGGAGUCUUUCUGUCUUCUGCACAAAUUUAUAAGAAUGGGUGACUUUUAUAUUUGAAAUUGUGAUUGGUGUCCAAAAAUGCCUCAGGCUUCAUGAGUUUAAUAUCGAAUUCAAGGUUUUCGAUAUGGCUAAUAUUGUCCUUAAUAAUGUUGACUAAUUCUAUAGGAUGCAAAUGACUACUUCUUAAGGAGUGCGUUUCUAUUAUACUAAGGUCACUAAAAAUUUUACGGGAUUGCAGAUGAUAUUGAUAAGAGAGAAUACUGCAUUUCAUAUCAUGAGUCAAAAUAGAUUUUAAUACCAAAAGUUGUCGACAGAAAUCGUCUAUUGACGCUAUCUUUCCAUUGUCUUCUUUCUUUUUCUUUUCUGGUUUAUCUUCCAUGUCUUGUAGUGUUUUUAAAAGAAUCGAUGCAUUAAACAGAUAUCCACUUCUUGUUUAACUUGCGUAUAAUUCCAAAUUAAUUUUAUUUCAACUCAAAGAUUAUUUUGAAAUAUUAUAUAACCUCAUCCCAAGGAUUGUAGGUAGUUGAAUUUCAUUUUAAGCAAUUAAAAUUAAGCUCUGAAGCAUGUUACAUAAUUCUUCACUG